UUGUAUCUGGUUGUUUUCAAGAAAUUUCCAUAAAGAAGAAAAUGCAGAAACUUCAAAGAACAUUAUUAGUGGCGGGACCCUUGUUGACUUGACGUAAAAUUUUGCUAUCAUAUACCAAUCCUUAAUUAUUGUUAAUCUUCUUGCUUGUUAUUACCAUACUCAAUCAUACAAACAAACCUGUACCUUCAAUUUGUGAUUUGGAACUUAGAAGAUGGCUGAAGCUGUGCUUGAAGUUGUCCUUGACAAUUUGAGCUCACUCGUUCAGAAGGAGAUUGGCCUAUUUCUUGGUUUCGAGAAAGACUUCAAAAGUCUUUCAAGCUUGCUCACUACAAUCAAGGCUACUCUUGAAGAUGCUGAGGAGAAACAGUUCACUUACAAAGCUAUCAAGGAUUGGCUGCUUAAGCUUAAAGAUGCUGCUUAUGUCCUCGACGACAUCUUGGAUGAGUGUGCCACUCAAGCAUUGGAGAUGGAGUACAAAGGAUCCAAGGGUAAACCUUCGCAUACGGUACAAAGCUUUUUCGUAUCUUCUUUUCAUCCUAAGCAUGUUGCUUUCCGUUACAAACUUGCUAAGAAAAUGAAAAGAAUAAGAGAGAGAUUGGAUGAAAUAGCUGAAGAAAGGAGUAAGUUUCAUUUGACUGAGAUAGUGAGAGAGAGAAGAAGCGGGGUUCUUGACUGGCGACAAACCACCUCAAAUAUCACUCAACCUCAAGUUUUUGGAAGAAAUGAAGAUAAGGAUCAAAUUGUAGACUUUUUGGUUGAUGAUGCGUAUACUUGUGAGGAUUUAUCAGUCUAUCCAGUAGUAGGUCUUGGUGGACUUGGGAAAACAACACUUGCCCAAGUUGUGUUCAAUCAUGAGAAGGUAGUCAAACACUUUGAGCUAAGAAUUUGGGUAUGUGUUUCAGAAGAUUUCAGUUUGAAGAGAAUGACAAAAGGCAUCAUAGAAGCUGCAUCUGGCCAUGCUUGUGAGGAUUUAGAUCUAGAGCCGUUGCAAAGAAAACUGUUGGAUUUGCUACGAAGAAAAAGAUAUUUGCUGGUGUUGGAUGAUGUAUGGGAUGAUGGACAAGAGAAUUGGCAGAGAUUGAAAUCUGUAUUGGCUUGCGGAGGCAAGGGUGCUUCGGUUUUGGUAACCACUCGUCUUCCAAAGGUUGCAGCAAUCAUGGGAACAAUGCCCUCUCAUGAUUUAUCAAUGCUAUCUGACACAGAUUGCUGGGAAUUGAUUAAGCAGCGAGCAUUUGGACCAAAUGAGGAUGAACGGCCCGAUCUUGUGGUCAUAGGGAAGGAGAUAGUAAAAAAGUGUGGGGGAGUUCCUCUUGCGGCAAAAGCACUAGGAAGUUUCUUACGUUUUAAACGAGAAGAAAAGGAAUGGCGCUAUGUCAAGGAAAGCAAUCUAUGGAGUUUACAAGGUGAGAAUUCAGUCAUGUCUUCCUUGAGGUUAAGUUACUUGAAUUUGCCGGUAAAAUUGAGGCAGUGCUUUGCCUUUUGUGCACUUUUUUCCAAGGAUCAAAUUAUAAGUAAGCAGUUUUUGAUUGAGCUUUGGAUGGCUAAUGGAUUUAUUUCAUCCAAUGAAAUACUGGAAGCACAAGAUAUCGGCAAUGAGGUGUGGAAUGAAUUAUAUUGUAGAUCAUUUUUCCAAGAUACCAAGACAAAUGAAUUUGGAAAAAUUGUAUCUUUCAAGAUGCAUGAUCUUGUUCAUGAUCUUGCUCAAUCUAUCGCUGAAGAGAUCUGUCACAUCACAAAUGAUAGUGGCGUACCAAGUAUGUCUGAAAGAGUUCGUCAUCUCUCAAUUUGCAUGUGGGACUCUUUUGGGAAAGUUGGUUCAAUCAGGUUACAUAACGUUGAAUCGUUAAAGACAUGUAUAUAUUAUGAUGACCAACUCUCACCCCAUGUAUUCAGAUGUUAUUCUUUACGAGUGCUUGAAUUCAAGAGAAAAGAAAAGUUGCCGUCUUCAAUUGGUCGUUUAAAAUAUCUAAGGUACUUGAAUCUUUCUUAUGGAGGUUUCAAAACUCUUCCAGAAUCCUUAUGUACGUUGUGGAAUUUGCAGAUUUUAAAGUUAGAUUAUUGUCAAGAACUACAAAAGUUCCCUAAUAGUCUGGUACACUUGAAAUCUCUACAACAUCUAUAUUUGAGAGGCUGCUAUUCACUAUCAAGCUUGCCCCCGCAUGUAAGGAUGUUGGCAUCCUUGAAAACUUUAACACUGUAAGUAGUUGGCAAGAAAAAAGGGUUUCUUUUAGCAGAAUUAGGACAGAUGAACCUUCAAGGAGCACUUCACAUUAAGCACUUGGAGAGAGUUAAAAGUGUAAUGAAUGCCAAGGAAGCUAAUAUGUCAAGCAAGUGUGUGGACAAGUUGCAAUUGCGAUGGGAGGUAAAUGAAGAGUCACAAUUACAGGAAAAUGUUGAGGAGAUUCUUGAAGUUCUUCAACCUCAAACUCAACAACUUCAAAGUCUGGAUGUUUUAGGAUAUACCGGUUCCUGUUUCCCACUAUGGAUGUCUAGCCCUUCUCUAAAACAUUUAAAUACUUUACAACUCGUGCAUUGCAAAAGUUGUUUACACCUUCCACAUUUGGGGAAACUACCAUCUCUAAAGAGUCUAACAAUAUCUAGUAUGAGUCUUGUAAAAUACAUAGACGAGGAGUCGUGCGAUAAUGGAGUUGCAGGAGGUUUCAUACGUCUAGAAUAUCUGGUUCUAGAGAAGCUGCCAAACCUGAUAGCCUUAUCAAGGGAUGAUAGAGAAAGCAUACUCCCAAACCUUUCUAAAUUUCAAAUUACUGAAUGUCCUGAAUUGUUGGGCUUGCCUUGUCUUCCCUCUCUCAUUGAUAUGUGUAUACGAGGAAAAUGCAACACGGAUUUACUAAGUUCAAUUCAUAAACAAGUUACUCUUGAAUCCCUUAUGUUCCAAUACAAUGAAGAGCUAACUUGCUUUCCAGAUGGGAUGCUAAGAAACCUGAUUUCUCUAAAAACAUUUGACAUUUUUUGGCUUUGCAAACUUGAGCAAUUCCCAUCCGAAAUCCUUAACAUUAGCACCAUCCAAGAAAUAUAUAUCACAAAAUGUGAUAACCUGAAGUCAUUGGCAGAUGAAGUAUUACAAGGAUUGCACACUCUUAAAAAAUUAAGCAUAGAAUUGUGCUCAGGAAUAGAAGGUUUACACCUGGCUUUACAACAUAUGACUUCCCUUCAAUCGUUGACAUUGAGUUAUCUUCCAAACCUAGCAUCCCUACCUGACUGGUUAGGAAACCUAAGUUUACUUCAAGAAUUAUGUAUUUCUCAGUGUCCAAAGCUGACGUGUCUUCCGACGAGCAUUCAAUGCCUUACUGGUCUUAAAAGUUUGGAAAUUUAUGGUUGCAGUGAGUUAGGGGAACGAUGUAAAGAGAACACAGGUGAGGAUUGGCCAAAAAUAGCUCAUGUGCAACAUAUUGUAAUACAAAACAUAGGAAUGUUCUGCGGAAGAGGAGGAAGAUCUUAUUCUGUAGAUUGGUGGGUUUAGAUCCCUCAAAUGCUUGGUGUUCAGAUUUGCGCUUGCAAAACUGAAGGGAUACAAAUUUUGGGUUUUAUUUCACUUCUUGGAUCUGUGUCACUUGUUUGUUCAACCCCGGAAAAUACACAACUGUGUUUGCUUCAAUCCCAGCGCCAAUUGUAGCAUUAUAUCGCCUUUUAUUUGCUUACAUGGUUGCAUUGCGCGUACUGUCAUACUUGCCAUUACCUUACUCUGCUCUCAACUGUCUGUCGGUGAUUCCAACUCCAAUAAGGGCUUCUGUGUCCGAUUAUAUAGCAAAAAAUCGGUAUGAAUGGCUUGGUAAGGUUGAAGACUGUUUGGUUUUGCAAGAGAAGGAGCUGCUUGAGCGUUUCAUAGAUAAUGAUGAAAUGAUGAAUCAAGAUACGUAGUCUCUUAGCUGCUUCCUCAUAGAUAUCUUAUACUAACAUUUCAGCUUCAUUUUUGUUAUCUUAGAGUCAAUAAUAGGGUGGUGUAGUGAGAAAGAUAGCAUGCUAGGGUGGUGGCAAUGGAGAGACUAUGCAGCCUAUUCUCAAUCUGUAUCAUAUACUCUGUAUAAAUCCUGUAGAGGGCGUGUUAUUAAAAAGAGUAAAAGUUGGUCUUAUACUUUUAAAAACUGUGGAAUCAAGUUUAGGUCCUGUUGUAUUGGAGCUUAUGUAAUAACAUACGUACUUGUGAUACUGUAUUGGAUUUAAGAUUUAUUUUCCCCCGAAAAAUCAAAC